AACCUUUGUUGCUGCUAAUAUUCUAAGCACUGCUUGCGUUUGGAAGAAUCUUGAAUAUAUUCGAAUACUCAGAAGCACUUGUUCAGAUACACCCGUCCAACUCUCAAUUCCCCAUCCAAUCCUCCAUCAUGGUUUAUCUACUCAAAGGACGUAACAUCCUCAUCACCGGUGGCUCACGAGGCCUCGGCGCCGAAAUCGCGCGCAAGUUCGCCGCCCAAGGCUCCAACAUCGCCAUCAACUACGCCAACGCCGAAGGGCCAGCCAAAGCGCUCGCCUCAGAGUUGGAAUCCGCACACGGCGUCAAAACAGCCGUCAUCCAAGGCGACGCAACGGUAAUGGACGACUGCGCGCGCUGCGUGAAAGAGACCAUCGCCGCCUUCGGCGGACUAGACGGCAUCAUCGCCAACGCAGGCUGGACGCGCUUCUCCGACUUCGCCGACCUGGACUCGAUGAAAGACGACGAGUGGAACAAGUGCUUUGCAGCACAAGUCCUGGGGCCUAAACGCCUGAUCCAAACGGCGCUGCCGACGUGGAAGGCGAAUGCCGAGGGCGGCUUCAUGAUUAUUACCUCCAGCAUUGCCGCGCAGAGUAUUGGCGGCAGCAGCAUGCCGUACAGCGUGACCAAGUGCGCACAGGUGCACUUUAUGAAGUGCGUGGCCAAGACGCAGGGGCCGAAGUUGCGGAUUAAUGCUGUGCUGCCCGGGCUGCUGCUGACGGAUUGGGGGAAUAAGUUUGGGGAUGAGCGGUUGAGGACGCUGAAGGAUGCGGCGGCGUUGAAGAAGGAGACUGUGGUUGAGGAGUGCGCGGAGAUGUUUGUGGCGAUUGCGCAGAACACUUCGAUGACCGGCGCGGACGUGACUGUUGAUUCCGGUCUGAACUGUGGAAACAUGUAGAUGUAUGGGAGGAGAGUGACGCGC